AUGGCGCCGCCCGUCCCGCCAGCCGCGCGGCACCGGAGAGGCGCGCGCCGGGAACCGGAAAUGAUGCGCGGAAGCGGAAGCCGUAGGGGCAAGGGGCGGGCACGGCCCCGUGACGCUCAUACGUGGCGCGCGCACAGGCCCCGCGGCGGCAACCCCGCCCCACGGGGAGCCGCGCCCUCGCCGCCCAUUGGCCCCACGGCUCGGUGGGGGCGGGGCUUCUCCACGGGCCCCGCGCGUACCGGGGCGGGCACCGCCCCAGGGCUGGCGGUGACAGCGGCAGGUGCCGCCAUGGCGGGGUUCGCUCCGCGCCUGCUCCUCCUGCUCUGCGCCGCCGCGGGACCCGCGCUGAGCUGGGACCGACCGGGGAAGGUUCUGCUGCGGGAUGUUGAGGCGCUCACUCUGCGCAGAGGACAAUACACAACAUCCCGGCGGACAGCCUCGGUCCCUCAGCUGCAGUGCACGGGAGGCUCUGCGGGGUGUUCCCGUGUCCCUGAGGUUGUGCAGUGCUACAACAAAGGAUGGGAUGGCUACGAUGUACAGUGGCAGUGCAAAGCAGACCUGGAAAAUGCCUACCGUUUUGGACAAAUGGAAGUGAGCUGUGAGGGCUACGAUUACCCGGAUGAUCCUUACAUACUAAGAGGCUCCUGUAGUUUGCUGUUCAAGCUAGAGCUGACUGCAGAAGGUGCAAGGAAAGUGAAGAACUCUGGAAGCUUUGGCUCUAGCUAUUACCAGUCAAGCAAAGAUUAUUCUGAUUCUGGUUCUGGAGCAAUUGUUGUAAUUGUUCUUCUCCUUCUUGCUUUUGGAGUUUACAAGUUCUUCCUCAGCAACCAGCAGUCUCAGCAGAGUUCUGGGGGCAGUGAUGGCUUCUCUCAGCCCUUCUGGCAGAAUCAGCAGGCGCCUCCUCCUCCUGGUUUUAAGUCCACCUUCACAGAUGACAACAGCUUUGGAACUCAUUCCCAUCAUGGAACCAGUUCAGGACCAGGAUUUUGGACUGGAUUAGGAGCAGGAGGCUUGCUAGGCUAUUUAGCAGGCAGUCACAGAGCACAGCCACGUUCCCCAUAUCACAGUAUGUGGACAGAUCCCACAGCUGUACCUCCUAUGUAUGGGCACUCAAGGAAUUCCACAGAAGGCAGCAGCUCCGGAACAAGAACUGCUUCUGGCUUUGGGGGCACGAAGCGAAGAUGAAAUCCUUUACAUUAUUACAUCAGAGUGAUUGAACUAAAUCUUGUUGUGUACUUGUACUUCUUUUAAUAGUAGUAUACUUCAAAAGUGCAUAUGAGGUAUGAAGGAUUAGGCAAAGAAUUCCUCACUUUCUCUGUGGACUCUCACUGCUAUUUAGGGUAUGACGGGUGCUGGAAUAUCCACUAUUUCAGAUUAGCGUCUCCUACAGAAAAAGCUCAUCCAGGUUAAGAAGAAUGAUGUUACAGUGACCAUGUAUCUGUCUGUACUUGAGGCCCCGGUGAUCGCCUUACCAGAUUUUCAAAGCUUGUAUCUUACUACUCAUGUUCUGGGCUUCACUUCAUUUGGCCCAGAAUUUCUGAUAAUAUUUUUCCUCUUUUCUGGUGGUCCAGCAUCUACCUGAUAUGUAAGGAGUGCUGUUCUUGGAAGCUAUUUUUGUUUGCCUCUGCAGAUUUAAUGUGAACUUUACUGUAAGUGCAGUCAGCCACUCAGAUAAGUGUGGGAGUUCUUCCUCAGUGGACAAGAGCAAAACUGUGUAUAAAGAGAUUAACAUUAGUGUGUUUGUAUCUGUGCUGUGUGACUGUUGGAGCAAAAAUGUGCAGAUUCAUGGAUUCUCUAUGUUACAGAGUUUAUCCAAGGUGACUGUGCAAACCUGGGGAACUUUGUCUAUAAGUUACUGGGGGUAAAUAAAUAAGUAACCUGGAAAUCUUGACCUUUUUCUGGUAGACUGAGGUAAUUUAAAUUCAGGUGAUUACAGAUGUUUUGCCUGCAUCGAGGCCACAGAUUUUCCUUUUAAUGGUGGAUGUUGGCAAUUAAAUGAAAACUUAUAAUGUGAAUGGUCUGUCCUGUUAGAUCACCUGUCCAGGGCACAGUAAACCAAAAGUGCUCAUUGCAAAAGGGAAGGGAAUAUUCUUACUGCAGAGAUGAUGGAAUCCCUGGGACACAGCAGGCCUUGAUACUAAGCUAAGGAAGGAAGUUGGAUGUCUAACAGCAUGUAAAUUUCCCCAAAUGUGCUUUUUAAAAACAAAGUGCUGUCGAAGAGUGGGAAGCAGAGGCCUUGCUUUGUUCUGUGAUGAUCUUUUGGAGCCUCUGUAAAGUGUCAUACAGUUCUUGGGUGACUUAUUCUCUCCUGGAGGAGGCAUUGCUGGAUAAAAAGCAGAGAAAUUUCUCAGGACUAUGGGGAGAGGGGAAGAGUGAAUAAUGGGCUGCUUGAUCACCAGCUCCUGUGCAGAGCCCAUCCUAACAGAGUGUAGAAGUGUUUGUGUGGGCACAGCUCAUGUAUGCUGGCAGCAGCCAGAGAAGCAUUGUCUUUGAGCCUUGGGAAAAUACUGUGUUGGGAAUGGAUAGCAGCUGUUACAGCAACAGCAAGGCACUGUUCAGCUGAUACAGGUUGCAGCUCCACAAGGAGAUUAAAUAGGUCUGGUUAGUCUAAGAAAGUGACUUCAGCAGAACUCAGGGAAAAGGAGCCAUGUCCAUUCAUGAGUAUAGAAGGAAUUAGUUCAUAUGUUAACACCCAAGUUCAGUGUAUGGCUUAAGCAACCAAAAGAGAGAAAUUCAAAAAAGAAAAGAAAAAAAUAUACAAGCAAACCAAACCAGCAAAUCCCAGAAAUCUUUAUGAAGUCAACAGCCAGAAAAAGUGCUUCAUGAAAAUGUUCUUGUACUAAAAGUGUUAUCAAUUUCAUUUGAUAAUUCAGAAUAACUUGGUGGUGAAAUGGUGGUUUGCUUCUCAGAGCUACCUGAGGGUUGGGGGAAAAUAACUUCAUUAGUAGCCUGCACUGUGAACCUAAAAAGGGAAAUGACAAAGACCUUACUCAUGGCCUCCUAGAAAGCUCUGCCUUUUAUGAGAAGAAGUCAUUGGUAAAUCUCUUAUCUUUAUAACAAAGUGUAGCAGAAGAAUAUAUUUUUAACAUGGAGUUCUUAUUAUUUCUAAGUGAAUUCAGGUUAAGCUUGUCACAGUCAAUAUUUGCUUUGCCAACUAAUUGCAUAACAGUGAAACUGGAUUUUUUCUAACUGGGUAGUUGGAAGCUGAAGUUUGCUCUUAAAUUACAGUGUGGUAUGAAAUGUUUUAGACAAUGUUUUCAUUUGUAUUUAUAGUUUCUGCAUGAAAUGUGCAAAAUAAAUCUGAGACAUAAAUCUACUAUAGCUUCUGAAUCUGUUUGGAUAUGUUUGCCCUUCCCUCUGAUAAAGGAAUGAAAUAAGUGAAUAAGGAGUAUUUUUGUCUUUAAAUCACUGUCUUGAGGCCUGCAGGGAUGGCAUUGUUUGUUUUUUCAGAGUUCUCUGUCUCAUCAUCCACUUCCUGGGUAAAUAAUAUCAUCCUUUACCCCCAGAUGCGAAGUGGAUAAGCUGUAUGUUGUUUCAAUAAAAUAAAACAAUAUUGGGAA